AUCCCGGUUCUGGUUCAGGAGACGGAGACGACGACGAGGGCUCGGGCUCAGACGUCGGGAAGAAGUUCACCAAGUGCAGCACAUGCAAAUACGGAGCAGAGUGUGACGAAGACUCGGAGGACGUCUGGUGCAUAUGUAACAUCGACUGCAGCGGUCACAAUGAAAACCCGGUGUGCGCCACUGACGGAAACUCCUACAACAACCCCUGCCUGGUCAGAGAGGCCUCGUGCAUGAAGCAGGAGCAGAUCGAUGUCAAACACCUGGGCAGGUGCCCCGCUGAUAAAGAAAAACAGGGCAAGAAAGACGACGGCAGCCCUUUCAAAGGAAACGUCCUGGACACCAGGAUUGUGGAUCACGGAGAAGGUUUCUACCCGGGAAUGUCCAUCCCGUGUGCCGACAGCUUCUCCGGCUUCUGCGUUCACGGGAAAUGUGAGAUCAACAAGUACAACAUGGCCACCUGCAGAUGUGACGCAGGAUACAAAGGUCCUCAGUGUGACGAGCCUCAGGACUUCAACAUCCUCUACGUGGUCCCCAGUGGACAGAAGCUGCACUACGUCCUGAUCGCCGCCAUCAUCGGAGCCGUGCAGAUCGCCAUCAUUGUUGCCGUAGUGAUGUGCAUCACAAGGAAAUGCCCGAAGAACAACAGGGGUCGCCGGCAAAAACAAAAUCUCGGACACUUUUCCUCGGACACUAACAACAGGAUGGUAUAGCCGUGUCUGCCGGAGGUCUUUUUUGAUAAUUGUUUUCUUACGGCGCGGGAAUAUACCAUUUUUUAACAGUAGGUGUAGUGAGUUUUCUUUUUCUCCUAGGAAACUGUUAAAAGAAGAAUAUUUAUUUCAGGGGCCUUAUUUUCCCUCCUUUUAAUUUUGGAUGGCAUCUUUGCGCCUUUAUUUUUUAGUUUUUUCCUCCAAUGCCGCAAAUAGUUCAAGGAGCCGAUUCAACACAACCCGCUGUCACUUUGCAUCGCUGCCAUGUCCGCCGUCUCAGUUUUCCUGCUACGAGGUUUUGUUGAAUGCUUUCUUUGUCGAGCUGGCUAACAGAGUCACAUCUGCCCCUCUGGAAUGUGCUAUUUAUUGAAAAGUUGAUUUCUUUGCCCCUUUCUUUUCUGCUUUUUACUAAUAACGUGCAGCUGAUUACCAAAUGCAGUGUUUUUUGUUUCCGUCCUUUUUUGUAGAGGUGAGAGGGGCCAGUUGGUACCAUAGAUAUGUUUACACUCAUCCUUUGGUCCAUGUAAAGACUUCACUGUGUUCAAACAAGCUAAUAAUUUAUUCUUACCAUGAAGAAUUCUUUUCUUGAAAGUAGCUUUUACUGGAAGUUUUUAUGUUAACUUUUCUUCGAAAUUGUAGUUUAUGUAUAUUAGCAUGACUUGUGAUAACUGUACUGUGGUGUAGUUUUAACUUUUUAAAAGGAAAAGUUGUCGGCCUCGAUGCCUCCUCCGCCCCUCCUUCGAUGGUACUGUUAAAAGUUGGACUGACGAAUGGAGGACGAAGGCGUUAGUCGGGGGGUGGUUUGGGGGUUUUUCCCUGAAAAGGAAUGUGCAUUGUCUGGAAAUCAAAUGUUGGCUUUAUCAAGACAAGGAAACACACAACGAGCAUUUCUGCCCGUCGUUGAUGAAAGGAAAGUAAAACCAGUAAAGCCAUGAACACAAAGGCAGGAAUGCUGUAUGCAAGAUUGUAAAGGAAGGGCUGGACUUCAAAUCGACGUCAACGUCCUGACGGUAAUUUUCACGGAAGUCUUGGUUGCUUCGAUCAAGGAUUUUCUCUGAAUGUGAGGGAAUAAUUUUGUUUUGUGUUUUCCCCUCAGCAAAACAUUCCAAGCACAGACGAUCCCACGAGAAAAAAUAACACAGUAAUAAUACAGAAUAUAGCAGCGUUCUGUUCUCUGGUAUGAACAUGUGUGUCUCAUGGUUUUAGAUGAAAUCAUAGCGUCAUUUGGCCUUACGUUAUUCACACAAACACAGUCAAGUACUUUCGGCGAGGAGGAGGAAAAAUCUGAUCAGUAUCCUGAGUAAUUUAGUAAUCCUAAUAAAUAAUCCAAGCCUCCUCUUUUUGUUCUGUUUCGAUGUAAAGUUUUGAUUAUUUUUGUAAUGGACGUUUCACCUGUUUGACUUCCAUGCGGCAGCAUCGUCUAGAUUCUGAGAGUGUGCUCGUGGCUAAAACACACCACAGCCCCGAGCAGGUCGCCAGCACGCCGGCUAAUGUUAAAGCUUUGCCCGUCUGCUAGAGUCUGAGUGACGUAAACGUCAUCUCGUGGACGUGCCUGCAAGUUUCUGUGAGAGUUUCCGAUGCACCAACUACGUUUGCACCCCAGCUGGUGGAAAUGCAGAAAACUGACUGGACUGACGAGUCGGCCGUGCCGUCUCCGGCUGUCCGAGUCCACAACAGACUGUAAUCAAGGCUUAAGAGGUGAUACCAUGAAAAGAGCAGUUGGAGCUAAUUUGGUGUUAUUUUUUUUGUGAAUGCAACGUACGACAAGAAAACACAUUUGAGGUUUGCUCCGACAGCAAUCACGCCGACGUUUCCGUGGGAUCUUUGUGUCAUCUGGUGAAUGAGUUCUGUGUCGUUCCUCGUGUCCCUGACCGUCACGAGCCUGUGCGACUCUGAGUCCAGCUUUGUGUUUUUGUUCGUCACAACAUCCAAAUUUCAUUUCAAAUUGUGUUGAAUUUGAAGGAUGUCAUUCUUCAGUGAAAGUGAACUUUAACACAUUUCUGAAGGUGCAACAUUUCAUUUUAAGUAGUGUUGUCAGUGUUAAUCUCGUUAAAAUGACGCUAACGCCAUAAGGUGGCAAAUCUCCAUUAGCGAGUUAACGCGGAUCGCCCCAUUCGAGGGGCUGCACGGCACUAACGCAUUAACAAGCUAACUUGUGCAUCGACGCUGUGCAGCUGCUCGCACGGGGCGAUCCGCGUUAAGGCCACCUUAUGGCGUUAGCGUCAUUUUAACGAGAUUAACGCCGACAGCACUAAUUUUAAGUCGUGUUGUAAUAAUUCAAGAGGUCAGAAAAUCCUUAAAUCUGUUUUUCACCAAGUUGCCAACUUUCUUAAGGUCUGACUCAUUUACGCUGUAUUUAAAGUUGAAGUUGGUCAGAGAGUUUGUCUGUGGGAAUACAACACAAGAAAAAUAGCCUCAUGUAUUUAAUGCAAACACAAGUGUCAGCUGAUUUACUUCUAAAAUUUAAUUCAGAAACCAUCCACCAGCAGCGAACUCACAUCAUCCACUGAGACCAAACAGUCCUUUGGUUCAGCUAAUACACAAAAACGACUGAAUAACUGUAAAUAAUUUACUGUAUUUGCUGGUAAAGGUGAGACAUGAGCAGGUGAUGCCGCCAGAUUUCACGACCACGCCCCCGAGGCUGUGCCCAGGUCCAGGGAGGUUUGUUUUCUUCUCUGUAUGUUUCUGAUUUGACGUUUUCUGUACCGUCUUAGUCUACAUUUACAGGUUGUAGGUCAGCCCCUCCCCCCACCCCUCUGCUGAGCAACGUGUUUCUACUUGUUGUCGACCAUCGCAGCCGUGACUUCUCUAAAUGUGACUAGAAUGUGUUUGACAUGUUAUAUUCUGCAUGUAGACUCGGCGAGGCUAUUUUUGGUCUCUGACGAAAUAAAAAAAAGAAAAAAUGUUUUUUUAAUGUA